AUGAGAAUCAUAGAUACAGCUUUCUACGCCGUAGAAUUUUGGAUCCGUGAGACCGGCCAAGCAAUCAAUCGCCUCGGCUAUCGCAUACAAGGCAACUUCCAAGAACAGCUUUUUCGGCACCGACCUCUCAUGAAUGUAUUCGACAAAUAUCCUUCUGUUCACAAGGAUGCGUUUGUGGCUCCCAGUGCCUCCCUUCUCGGUGAUGUCCACGUUGGCCCUGCUUCCUCCAUUUGGUAUGGAUGCGUCUUCAGAGCAAGGUUUAUGAGGAUGGGCACAGAAGAUAAAAUAACCUUCUCCUCACAAUCUGCCUCAAACUAUACCAAUUUUGCUCAGGAUCGUGCUGCUCACCCCUGGCACAACAUAGAGAUUGCAAGGUUUACGAGGAUGGGCACAAAAGAUAAAAGGACCUUCUCCUCACAAUCUGCCCCGAACUAUUCCAAUUUUGCUCAGGAUUGUGCUGCUCACCCCUGGCACGACAUAGAGAUUGGACCAGGAGCUCCAACAGUUUUCAACUGUGUAGUUGAAAUUAGCAAAGGUAGUAAGGUCAAGUAUGUCUUCGACAAGACUAGUGGACAUAUGAAGGUUGAUCGGAUUCUUUACUCAUCCGUUUGCCCACACAACUAUGGUUUUAUCCCAAGAACAAUUUGUGAAGACAGUGAUCCUAUGAACGUGCUGGUUCUAAUGCGGGAGCCCGUGCUUCCUGGUUCAGUCCUUCGUGCUCGCGCUAUUGGACUAAUGUCCACGGUUAUCCAGGGUGAGAGGGAUUACAAUAUCAUAGCAGUUUGUGUUGAUGACCUUGAGUUCAGUCAUUACACGGAUGUCAAGGAGCUUCCUCCAUAUUGCUUAGCUGAAAUCAUAACAUUAUACAAGAAGACUGAAACCGUAAAAGUUGAAGUUGAGGACUAUCGACCAGCUAAAGAUGCAGUCGAUGCCAUCAAGUUAUCCAUGGAUUUGUACGUUGCUUUAGUAACUGAGGGAUUAACUGAGAUAUUAAGGCGCUAA